GACAAAGUCAGACCACCAGUGGACUGCGAUAUUUGCAGGAACGUGACGGAAGUUUCGAAAGUGCAGAACUUGGACCCGGAGAAGUUCUUCAGCAAUUUCAUCGAAACAGGAAGGCCUGUCAUCGUGAUCGACGCCAUGGACGAUUGGCUGGCUGCGGAAGAAUUUUCUUACGAAUUCUUUCGGGACUUUUACAACGGAGGAGAAGCAGAUUCGAAUGACUUCUUGGACAAAUUUGAAGACUCCGGGUGUCAAUUUUUUCCAUACAAAACCGAAUUUCAAUCACUUAGAGAGGUUUUCUCAAUGGAUGACGAAAGGGCUCGAAUGGCUCCGGGUUACAAGCCAUGGUACGUCGGCUGGGGCAGCUGCGAUUCGGAGGCGAAUGAAAUUCUCCGUCGAUAUUAUCAAAGACCUUAUUUCCUUCCAAAGACUUCCGAAAGCACGAAAAUGGAUUGGAUUUUCAUGGGAACACCUGGUUUUGGAGCUCACAUGCACAUUGAUCAUGUCACAAACCCAAGUUGGCAAGCACAAAUCAAGGGAUCGAAAAUUUGGUACCUUCAACCACCUCCCGAAUGCUAUUUCAGCUGCUCUGACAUCGAAGUGUUGGUAACUUCUGGCGAAGUCAUUGUUCUGGACACCAACCGAUGGUAUCAUGCGACUGCGGUUUCUUCUGCAGACAUCAGCAUCACAAUUGGCUCAGAAUUCGAUUGAAGAAAUCAUAUAUUUCAAAUUAAUUCUUGAAGCUUUAAUAAGGUUUCAGAAGAAAAUGCCACGGUGAAUAAAAUACCACGGAGAGAAAAUAUCGCUGGAACAAUAGUAAAUUACCUAGUAUAUUACUGUACUCGUACAUCAUUUUUGAUCGAUUCAAUAGUUUCAAAUUGUAUUUAAGGUUACACAAUGGCUUGUUUUCUGUUCGAGAUUUUCUGCUGGGUUGAAUCAGAAUUUAUACUUCUAUGCGUGUGUGUGUUUUUUUUGUAUUCAUUCUGUAUUUCUUUUUCAUUUAUUCCAAUUAUAGAAAUUUUUCGAAAAAUUUUAACGCAUCAUUCGCGUUUAAACAUGCCGUAUUCUAAUACGGUUUUAAUUUUUAAGCGUAAUUUAUUUCUCACGUGCUAUUUUCAUUUGUCAUUCAAUUUUCUGUUCAAAUUUUAUCUCGCUUGUGUUUUUUCGAGUGGCAUUUUCUCUGCCGUAAUUUUUGGGUAUCUGCGCAACUUUUCUUUUGACAUUAUUUUGCCUGGAAUCAAAUAUGAACCAAACCGAAUUUCAUGACGUCUCUGUUUUCAAAUGGAGCUGCGGGUUUAUUUCAUCAUUGUAUCCUUGAUCACAAUAAAUACGAAAAAAGAAUGGAC